UUUUGAACUGUUUGGACGUACUUAGCGGAUAAUAGCGGGACGAAUAGAAAUAAGAGAGGUGGAAGAAGGCCAAAAAUAGAGCCAAAACAGUCACAUAGUAGGUAAUAAUCAACUGUGGACCACUGUGUGUUAGUAGUGAUUUGAUUUUGGCUUAAAGCACACACACACACAAACACCUAGUGUGUUGCAGUGGUGAACAACAACAACGUCGCCCACACCAAUACCACCGUAACGUGUACACGUGUACACGCGUGUGUUUGUGUCAUUUGUGUCGUUUUUGGAUUUUCGGGUUUGUGACUAUUUGAGAUUAAAUGGCAUUAACAUUGGCGAAGGUGGCAUUGCUGAUGCUGGUGGUCGGUUAAUGCUUGUACAGUGUGUGUGUAUGUUAGUCGCUUCGUGUGGGUAAAAGGAUUUGCAUUUACAUAAAAUUGACACACUCACGCCACACCGCAUAUGCCUUUGUAUAUUUUAAUGUAACAAUGCGGGCCGAAAGUGGCAUUUGAGUGUGUUUUAGUGCCGCAUACGCACACGCGCCUGAAAGCAGACAACACGCAUAUGUUGCGUAUCGCCUAGCACUAUGCUACAUUGUUUCAGAGUCGUGCAGUUCUAGUUGAAGUUUUGCUGAGUUGAAGUUAACAGUUGUGCGGGCAGUAACUGUCGGUAGGGACGGUACAAAGGCGACAAAGUAGUGCGCGGUCGGGUCGAGUCGUAAACUAAGUUGCUUUGACUGCCGUAUUUUGGUAUUUUCGUCAGCAGUGCCAUUUGCCACCGUGUUUUCGCCCAUAAAUGUGCUUAUAAAAAAUUCAUGCACCAGCUCUACGAAAGGGAAAGAAUGUAGCUGAAUUGUAACGGAUAGCGCUGUGAGCGAAAGUGAAGUGCUUGUGGCCAAGGUUAGACGCAGGUGUGCUUUUGAGUGAGCAAAAGUAUUAAAAUAUACACAUACAUAAUAAUACAAAAAAGAAAAAAACGAAAAUUGAAUAAAAGGCUCAACAUUUUUUCGCCAGAGUUUUCACAAGGGUCCUAACGGCUACUAUGAAGAGAUGUGAUAGUAAAGUGUUUAAGCAUACUGUGGAAUUCAAAUGCAAAAGUGUGUAGGCAAUGUAAAUGAAAUUAAAAUAACGGUUAAGUUGAAAAUUCCAAAAUAGGUAAACAGGUUGAAAGCAAAAAAUAAAAAAAAAAUAUAAAGUGAGUGCCAAAGUGUAAAUGGUAUUACGGCGCAACAAAGGUGCUAAAUUCUAAACCGUGCUACGCUGAAUUGUGACUUAGCUGUGAGUGUAAAGCACGCAAAAAGUUUAGUUUAACAGUAAUAAAAGUCAAAAUAGCGUUUUAUAGAGCGCGCGCACUUAACUCCCUUGUUACACGCCGCCGCUUAGACAUUAUCCACCUGCGCAACAAUUAUGCUGGGCGUCUAAUGUAUUCUACGAAAUUUCAAAAAAUGCCAAAUAACUGAAACCAGAACUGCAAUAAAGGACAGAAGUUACAUAUCUACAAAAACGGUCUGAGUCGUAAUCGCUGCAGACAAAAACUAAAUCAAAGGAAGGUUCACCUAUUCAUAUGAACCAGGAUGUGCGUACUCCUAUUAACAGAAUUCAAGACACAAGGUUCCACACCCAAGUCAUCGCUGUUACUACCAUUGUUGGCGGUGCUGCUGGUCGUGCUACCGCCGCCAGCUGCCAAAGCCACAAGCGGCUUACGCGUGCCCACUUUCAUGCAGGAACCGCCGGCCCGUCUACUCUUCAGCAAUGACACCGGCACUCAGAUCAGCUGCACGGCGCAUGGUAAUCCGCCACCGGUGGUAUCGUGGGUGCUCAAGGAUGGCACGAUGGCGACACAGGUGCCGGGACUCAGAAAAAUUACUGGCAAUGGCACAUUGUAUUUCCCACCGUUUUUGGCGCAAUACUAUCGCAGCGACGUGCACGAGACGAUAUAUCGCUGUCGGGCAGCCAACGAAGCUGGUACUGUGCUGAGCCGGAACGUGCAGGUGCAAGCAGUUGUUCGCCGACAGUUUCAUGUGCACGUGGAAAACACCGAAGUCUAUUUGGGAAAUUCAGCGUUGAUCAAGUGCGCUAUUCCGGACUAUGUGCGACCAUAUGUUAAGGUGUCCAGCUGGCAUCGCGGCGAGGAGAUACUGCUGCCCGAUCUAUCAGAUGUUGCUGGACGCUAUGUGGUACUGUCAUCAUAUGGGGAUCUCUACAUCCGCUCGGUGCGCACCGAGGACAGCUUGGUGAAGUUCUCUUGCCUGGUCACAAACACACUGAAUGGUGAAAAACAGCGCAGUGAUGCUAUAAUGUUGCAGGUGAAAGAGUUGAGCAAAAAUCUAGCGCCACGAACCACUCAGAAGCCAGUUAUGGAGAUACAUGUGGAACGCGGUAAUGAUGUCCAUUUGCCAUGCAACAUCCAGGGGAAUCCUUUUCCGAUAUUCACGUGGUAUCGCGUAUCGGAUUCAUCAGCAUUGUACCCGAUUCCAUCUUCGCAGCGUGUGAUAUUGUCACGCACGCUUUUGCUUAUCAAAAAUGCUGACGAGCGGGACGCCGGCAAAUGGGUGUGCCAGGCUGCGAAUCAAUUCGGCGAACAGCGCAUCGAAAUCCGUCUGCUGGUUAACUCAUAUGUGUCGGUGCAUAUUCUGCCGCAAGUGCAAAUUGUCAACUCUGGCGGAAUGGCAAUUUUCAACUGUUCGACCACGGGUUCAGCGAUCGAUGGCGUCGAGUGGCUGCACAACGGAAUGCCACUACAGGGCAACAAUGCGCUUAGCAACGGCCGAGAGAACAUACGGUUUCUUACGAAGACAUCCUUGAUGGUGAAUAAUGUGGGGCGUCGGGACCGAGGGGUUUAUCAGUGUUUGGUGGAAAAUAGCAGAGCCAGCGCCCAAGCCAUGGCCGAAUUGAAGUUGGGCGACACCGUGCCUGAGCUGAUUUACACCUUUAUUGAGCAGAAUGUGCGGCCGGGGCCAUUAAUAUCGCUUAAGUGCUCGGCCAGCGGUUCGCCGCCACCGCAAUUCGCCUGGCUGUUGGACUCUCAACCGAUAAUGGAUGUUUCGUUGCAUCAUCGCUUCGCCAUAGGCCAGUUUGUCGAUAUGUCCGGCGAUGUGAUCAGUCACUUGAAUAUUUCGCAUGUGCGUCCAGACGAUGGCGGCCUUUACAAAUGCAUCGCCACCAAUUCGAUGGGAAGUGUGGAGCACUCGGCGAGAUUGAAUGUUUAUGGUCCGCCAUAUGUGCGCGCCAUUGGCCCUAUAAAAGCCGUCGCCGGCGAAGAUAUAAUUGUUCAUUGUCCAUUUUCCGGUUAUCCAAUAGAGCAAAUUAGAUGGGAAAAAGGACAUCAGGAAUUGACAUCAAACUCACAUUACUCGCUGUCACCGGUGCUACAGGGCGGCUAUCUUGUCAUCAAGGAUGUCGAACCGACCCGUGAUCAGGGCAUGUACACAUGCAUUGUUCGGAGCCGGGCCGGCGAGGAGGCGCGACGCGAUAUGCAACUGAAUGUAAAUAGUCCCCCAGUGAUUGAAGCCUUCAAGUUCCCCAAGAAUCUGCAAGAAGGAGGACGCGCUCAAAUAACUUGUGCCGUUUCAUCUGGUGAUAUGCCAAUCUAUUUCAGUUGGAAGAAGGAUGACAUGUCCAUAACGACAAGUUUGCAGAUUACCGAGAAAAAGGAGGAAUUCUAUUCGCUACUUGUGUUCAAGGAUAUCAGCGCAAGGCACAGCGGUAAAUACACCUGUUAUGCGAGCAAUGCGGCAGCCAAGGUGAACUACACUGCCGAAUUGCAAGUGCGAGUUGCGCCACGCUGGGCGCUGGAGCCAAUGGACACGGCCAUCAUGCUUGGCAAUACAAUAUCGAUAAAUUGCGAGGCGGAAGGAUAUCCGAUUCCAACUAUUACCUGGUUCAAAGGGCAGGGCAAAAUGUCGCAAGACUUUAAGCCACUCAGCAUGCGAAACAAUUCGCUGGUUCUUAAUCUAGCCACGGACAUUGAUGAGGGCUACUACAUGUGUCAGGCAACAAAUGACAUUGGCGCCGGCCUCAAGAAAAUCAUACGCAUCAACGUGAACGAACCCGCCCGUUUCGAGCAAGCGGCACGCAACGUUUCAUCGCGUCGCAAUGACCCUGUUAGUCUCGAUUGCCAGGCGAAAGGCGACGAACCCAUUGCGAUUUCUUGGACACACAACAACGGCCGCAUUGACCUGAACAAUUUCCGUUUUAGCAUUGCGGAAAUGAAAACGGAUAAGGGCGUCGAUUCACAGCUGACCAUUGCCCGUUCGGAUCGUCACGAUUCGGGCAUUUACCGUUGCAUUGCAGAGAACCCGUAUGGACGCGCUGAACUCGUCAUCUUUCUGGCUGUUCAAGAACGUCCCGACACGCCAUCUGUACUGGAGGUCUUUGAGGUGGGCUCACGCACCGUUAAACUGUCGUGGCGGCGUCCAUUCGAUGGCAAUUCACCAGUGCUCAGCUAUCUCGUGCAAUAUCAGCCAUUGAAGUAUCUGCAAUCACAUGCAGCACUUGGCAUAGCGGGCGGUGAUUGGAGUGGUCCAAACAUAAUCAAUGUCACUCUACCAUCGACGAGUAUUAGCCGUAGCUACGACACAGAUUUGCGGGAGAGUGCCAUUGUUGCAGGCCUGACACCGGCAACCACAUUUCUCAUCCGCAUGCAGGCAAUCAACGAAAUCGAGCGAAGCCCAUUCACCGAUCCCAUUGUGCUGAAAACGCAGGAAGAGGCUCCAACCGAAGCGCCAUCGAAUGUGCAGGUGCAGACUGGUGGCGAAAGCGAAUUGAUUGUGACAUGGCAGAUACCAUCACGUGAAUCUUGGAACGGUGAACUUAUCGGCUACACCGUUAACUGCAGCGAGGAAAAACAGAACAUCAACUACAUUAGCGUUGUCAAUAAUUCACUCAAGUCGGUGAUUGUAAGUGGUUGGGCCACCACAAAGGCAACCAUUCGCGGCUUGCGCAAAUACACCAGGUACGCGGUGACUGUGCGUGCACUCAACAGCUUCGGUUCGGGACCCUGGAGUGCGGCCAUUUUCGGAACGACAGCCGAGGGUGUGCCUGAAGCUCCGCCACAGCAUGUCAACUGCACCGCAUUGUCGUCACAAAGUCUGAAGAUAUCCUGGCUCGAACCGCCAUUGCAAUUUCAUGGUGGCGUAAUCCAAGGCUAUAAAAUUUUAUAUCGGCCAAUUGUGAAUCAAAUUGACUUCCCCGCAAAACUGGAGGUGAAGCGCACUUCCAAUCUGGAGACUUAUUUACACACCCUUCAUAAGGCGACUAAUUAUUCCCUGCGUGUGUUGGCUUAUACAGCGACUGGUGACGGUGUGUCCAGUCAACCGUUAUAUUGCCAAACAGAGGACGAUGUGCCCGACGCUCCAGCAUCUAUAAAAGCGGCCGCAUUAACGGCUGAUUCGAUACUUAUUUCGUGGUUGCCGCCAAAAAAUCGCAACGGAAUAAUUUCGCAUUACACGGUUUAUUCUCGCGAGGCUGGGCGGAAAGGACAAGCGAAAUCUCAUAUGGUGCGCGUCGAUGAAAAUGGUUAUCCGGUGACGUAUGAAGCGCGCGGCCUUGCAGAAAACCAAAUGUACGAAUUCUGGGUUUCGGCCUCAACAUCCGUUGGAGAGGGAGAACCGACAUCUGUGGUUGCGCAAGCCACAAAUACGCGUGCUCCUGCUCGGAUUGCUUCUUUUGGUCAACUAGUACGGAAAGCCGUUGGAACCGCCCUAAUUUUGGAGUGUUUAGCUGUGGGGAAUCCAACUCCGCGUGCGAGAUGGUUGACCAGAGACCGACCUGUCACAUUCAGCCCUUUCUAUGAGGUGACUAACGAAGGGAAUUUAAAAAUACACCGCGUGGAGGGCAGCCUGUCCGGAAAUUACACUUGUACGGCGAAUAAUCUGUUCGGAAGCGAUGAGAUUCAAUAUCAAGUGAUUGCCAUGCGACCACCCGCCGCCCCACAAAUCAUUGUGCAAUAUGCGUCAGCUGAUAGCAUACGUGUCAGCUGGGAUCCGCCGGACGACGGUGGUGCCCCAUUGCAGGGCUACACCAUUUCGUAUCGCAUCACAGGCGAAACAUGGGCGCAGACCGAGCUGAUGCCGGAGAACAACGCUUAUACGAUAACGGGCUUGAAGUGCGGCAAUCAGUAUAUCAUCAAGAUGUCGGCGCAUAACAUUGUCGGCGACGGCGUGUCCAGUGAGGAAAUUAAUGUCUGGACCAAGGGCAAAGCCUCACAGGCACCGAACGGUAAUGAAUUGAUCGCUACUAACGCGUCCUGUGUGAAUUUGAAGCUAUCAACAUGGAACAAUGGUGGCUGUCCCAUAUAUCACUUCUCCAUUGAGCACCGACCGCUGGGGGACAUCCGUUGGACGGUCGUCACAUCCGACAUCUCGAAUGCCGAAGAGAAUCGUGAAAAUUUAAUAUUUUGCGAUUUCCUGCCAGCCAAGUGGUAUCAACUGCGCGUUUCGGCCACAAAUGAUGCUGGCAAAACCACUGAACACUAUCAUUUCGCCACCACGAACUUGGAUGGAGUGACAAUACCACCGCCGCAGGUUUUCCCAUCGGAAAAUGAUUUGAUGAACAAUCUGAUAAAUGCAACAAAUCCCACCAACGGUGAUUGGUUUUCAACAUUAAUCGUCAUCGUCAUCAUCACUGUGGCCAUCAUUACCAUCGCUUUAACAAUUAAGCAUCGUCGCACUCUGUGUGGGCCGAUGGCCGAGGGCUACGAGUCUCGUACGCUGCCCGGUGAUUACAAAGAAGACCACGACAAUCGACGCAAUCAGCAGGUGUACAGCGCUUCUCCGGUGAAAACGGUAGAUAAAGGAAAUGAAUCAGAAAUGUAUGAGAUCUCACCUUAUGCUACGUUCAGCGUGAAUGGUGGACGUACGGGCGCUGGUGCAGGGUCCUCUUCGAAAACGCCUCCUCGCGGUGGUGUUUCCGCCUCUCCAAUGGAUUACACCAUGCAAUUUAAGACCUUCGGACAUCCAGAGGGCGAUAAUCUCAAUGCCACGGCUUAUCCGCUCUUACCGGCCAGCUCCGGAUUCGGGCAUGUCAAGUCGAAGUCCAGUUGGCACAAACAGCGCUACUUCAAUACGGAUGAUGAAUCUACUCUCAGCAAAUCGAUGACCAUGGUGGCUGGGUCUCAAUUGGGACAUUCCAAGAAGAGCGGUCGAGGUAGCAAGAGCACCAGCAGCAGCAGUGGUGGGGGCGGUGGUAGCGGUAGUGGAGUUGUAGGCGGAUCUGGCGGUGGAAUGGCUGGCGCACACUGUGAAUCGGAGUCAGAUACGAGCAUUAGUCCCAGUACGGAGUUCUCCAAUAUGCCAACCUAUAGAGUUCCUUGUAAGUCGACGCGCAGCAGCGAUGGGCGCGUAGCUGUAGGUGCGUAUGGGCGUGGCGCGCAUGCUAGUAAGCCUGUCGCUCGCUAUUUAUACACUUUUACAGAUAUGUUUCGACCAGACUCGAGCACGGAAUCCAACAAUGAGCAGGGCUCGCCGGUGGAACGACGUAUAAGUGGACGGCGGCAAUUGGGCGAGAUGGCGGGUGGCGCAGGAAUUGCAGGAGGCGGAGGUGGGACUGGAGAGAGCGACAAACGUGGGCAUCGUAGUAGGAAACAACAACAACAACUACAAUUACAGCAGCAACAACAACAGGCAAAAGAACAUCAAACGCUGGAGCGGAGAGUAUGCCCUGGAAGUAACAACAGUGUAGACAGUGAGGUUAACUUGGAUAUGGGUACCUCCUUGGCGGCCACCAUAGCCGCUGUGGCCGCGGGCGACCUGGGUUUUCGUCCACCGUCGGGUUUUACUGAUUCGCGCGAAUUUAGCGAAGCUGAAUGCGAUCGCGAGCAGCGUGCACUGGACUUGGAAGUGCAACGUGUUAUGGAAAACACCGACGGACAAUUGGCCAAGAUGGAUCGAGAGGAAUUGACUUCACUGCUAGCAAGAUACCAUGAGAAAAAGGAGCAGGAGCGCCAGGAAUAUACCAUACAUGUUUAAUAUUUUUUGGAAGUUACUCUCAUACACACACACAUAUGCAGACUCAUUUGUAUAAGUACACUGCCGAGCUAGUGAGCGCCUAAACAAAUUAACUAUUGCAUUUUACUUAAACAAACGCUGAGAUAUAGAGAAUUAAAGCAAAUUUACUACAACAAAACAGAAAACGAGCAACCCUCAAAAGCAACAAAUGCAUUUACACAUUCGGAUACAAAUAAAGGCUGCAUGCUAAGUAUCAAUUGUAACUACAUAAAUGUGAAUUGAUUUUAUUUACCAUAUAUGUAUGCGCUCGCAUAAUGCUAUUUACAUAAACAGAUACAUAUGUAAGUAUUUAAGUAUGGAAAUGUACCGCAGAUGAGCAUAUACCAUGCAGGACAGCACGAGAGCCCUCUUUAAUAUGGAUGACUUUUGUAUACCCAUCACACCUUUUAUAAAUUAUAUUUCUAAUCUGUCAGUCAAAAGUCUAAAAUUUACUUAGACAGGAAGGAGUUCGUUCAAAAGGAAGUUCUUUUUGUUUUACACAAUUUUCGCUGAAAUUCGCAUUAUACUCUGUCGUCUGUAGGAAUGAAAUUUCAUCUCAUUUCAAAUAUCUUAUUCGCUUCUAAACAUCAUGCAAACGAUUUUAUUGAGCUUUGUCAGUUUGCAGAUGUUUUUUAGCUGACCAGAGCAGAUCUCCAGAUUCAGUAUAAAAUAAAAAAUGGCGUGAGACUGGUCCACAUCGAGCGGGAAUGUAUGUAUGUGAUUGGCGUUGAAACCGUUUAGCCGGUUAUAGCCGAAUCGAUGAUAGCGCGCCAUUCCUAAGUAGGUCGCUCUCCAGUUAGUCCCUCCAACGGAGUGGAGGCCUUCCCCUUCCUCGGCUUCCUCCGGCGGGUACUGCAUCGAACACUUUCAGAACUGGAGCACUUUCGUCCAUUCGAACAACAUGACCCAGCCAGCAUAGCCGCUGUCUUUUUAUUCGCUGAACUAUGUCAAUGUCGUCGUAUAACUCGUACAGCUCAUCGUUCCAUCAUCUGCGGUAUUCGCCGUUGCCAAUGUUCUGAGGACCAUAAAUCUUGCGCAAAAUUAUCUUCCCGAAAACUUCUAGUGUCGUCUCAUCUGAUGUUGACAUCGUCCAAGCUUCUGCACAAUAAAACAGGACGGGGAUAAUAAGCGACUUGUAAAGUUUGAUUUUGGUUCGUCGAGAGAAGACUUUACUUUUCAAU